AUGACUAUUUUCCCCAAAAAGAAGUCACCGCCUCCUGAUGCUGACGCCACUAACGAGCCGCCAACACCUGGGCCACUGCCUCCGGAGCCACACUGCAGCGGGGGUGUGGCCAUGAGCGGAGGUGGUGAUUGUGACCGUGACUUGGGUGUAGUGGGGGCCUGUGCUAGGGCUUCAUCACCACCUCAGGGCCCGCUACAAGGGCCAGAAGGUGCUACUCACAGCUGGGCUCUAGCUGUGCCAUCGGGUGCAGUGGCAGGUCCCCAGCCACAACAGGCCUCUCCUCCUCCUUGCAGGAGCCCUGGUGGUCCUGGCAGUGUUCCUGGGGAUGAGCUGGGUGCAGCAGCAGUGGCUGCUGGCAUGGGCGCUGCCAUAAGUGUGUUUGGCUGCUUCUCUGGGUUGGGACAUAGUAAGCGGCUCCGUCAAGCUGCAGGGAUUGGUGCUCUUGGUGAAGGCAGUCUUGAGGAAGAGGAGCCUGGCGCAGGUUACAAUAGUGAGGAUGAGUAUGAAGCAGCUGCUGCACGCAUUGAGGCAAUGGAUCCUGCUACUGUUGAGGAGCAGGAGCACUGGUUUGAAAAGGCCCUACUAGACAAGAAGGGCUUCAUCAUUAAGCAGAUGAAAGAGGACGGUGCCUGUCUUUUCCGGGCUGUAGCUGAUCAGGUAUACGGAGACCAGGAUAUGCAUGAGGUGGUGCGAAAGCACUGCAUGGAUUAUCUGAUGAAGAAUGCUGACUAUUUCUCCAACUAUGUCACAGAAGACUUUGCCACCUAUAUUAACAGGAAGCGGAAAAACGACUGCCAUGGCAACCACAUUGAAAUGCAGGCCAUGGCAGAAAUGUACAACCGUCCCGUGGAGGUAUACCAAUACAGCACAGAGCCUAUCAACACAUUACAUGGGAUAUAUCAAAAUGAGGAAGAACCUAUUCGUGUAAGCUACCAUCAGAAUAUCCACUAUAAUUCAGUGGUAAAUCCUAAAAAGGUCACCGUUGGUGUCGGGCUUGGCCUGCCAUCAUUCAAACCAGGGUUUGUGGACCAUUCCCUGAUGAAGAAUGUUAUAAAAACAUCAGAGGAAUCGUGGAUUGAGCAGCAGAUGCUGGAUGACAAGAAACAGGCUUCAGACUGGGAGGCCACAAACGCGGCCAUUGAGGAACAGGUGGCUCGCGAAUCCUACCUCCAGUGGCUGCGGGAUCAAGAGAAACAGUCUAGCCAAGUUCCAGGCCCCAGCCAGCCCCGAAAAGCCAGUGCUGCAUGCAGUUCAGCAACAGAAGCAGCCUCCAGUGACCUGGAUGAGUGGACCAUUGGGUCCCCGAUGCAUCGCAGUGCAGCCUCUUCACCAGAGCACCCUGAGCUGCAUGCUGAUCUGGGCAUGAAGCCCCUUUCCCCGGACACUGUUAUGGCUCUUGCCAAGCCUCCUUCGCCCUGUGCACUUGGUCUGAAUGACUGGGAUGAUGAUGAGAUCCUAGCAUCGGUGCUGGCAGUGUCGCGACAAGAAUAUUUAGACAGUAUGAAGAAAAAUAAAGUGCUCUGA